CUGGCUCUGAUACCCGUCGUCCCAGCAGAUCCUAAAGGAAGUCGUGGGAACUAAAUCCCGUUUUGAAGGCGCGGGUCUGUGCGACUGAUCUGCGAACAGCAUGUCGGGAGGCGUCACACUACCCGGGCACCGUGCCAUCCUCGCUCUUCGCUCGAUUUGUUGGUCUGUCCGUAAUAAACAGCAGUCGUCGUAGUGGAGUACCGAGAGGCUCGAUACCGUCUCCACCGCCCGUCGCGCGGAGGGAAGUCCCGCACAUCUCGGGGGAUCCUGGCGUUUCUGGAGCGCACCCAGUGACAGGGCUGCGCGUCCUGCCUCAGCAUGGUCUUCGAGUCUCUGGUCAGUGACCUGCUGAACAGGUUUAUCGGAGACUAUGUGGAAAACCUGGACAAGUCGCAGCUGAAGAUCGGCAUCUGGGGAGGUAAUGUGGUGCUGGAGAACCUGAGAGUGAAGGAGAACGCAUUGAGCGAACUGGACGUACCAUUUAAAGUGAAGGCGGGACAAGUUGGGAAACUAACCCUAAAGAUCCCCUGGAAGAACCUGUACACAGAAGCUGUGGUUGCUACCUUAGACGGUCUGUAUCUCCUGGUGGUUCCUGGAGCGACUGAUUGUAAAUCACUUACCACUCCUUAUAAUGCAAUUAAGUAUGAUGUGGCUAAAGAGGAGCGCUACCUGCAGGAAGCUAAACAGAAGGAGCUGCAGCGCAUUGAAGAGGCCCUGCAGCUGGCCGCACGAAGAGACUCUCAGGUGGGAGAGUUUGUGUUUAAUCUGGAAAAUUAUGUCUAUAAGGACGUCCCACGUGACAAAGGACGUAAAUAUAAAAAGCAUAAAAAACCCUUUAGGAGGUCUAAAAAGCAUGACCAGAAACCAGAAAAGUCCCAGGAAGAGAAAAAAGACACAUUUGCAGAGAAACUGGCCACGCAAGUCAUCAAAAAUCUUCAGGUCAAGAUCACCAGCAUCCACAUCAGAUAUGAGGACGAUGUGUCGGACCCUGAGAGGCCUCUCUCCAUGGGUGUAACGCUUUCAGAACUCAGCCUGCAGACAACAGAUGAGAACUGGAGGGCUUGCAUUCUCAAUGAAGCUGCUAAAAUCAUCUAUAAGCUGGGUCGGCUGGAGUGUCUGUGUGCCUACUGGAACGUUAACAGCCCAGUCUUCUACAGAGGCUCAUGGGAGGAAAUACUGGUCAAGCUGAAAGCAGGAAUCAGCACCAAAAACGAGGAACUGAAAGACUAUCAAUAUAUUUUCAAACCCAUCUUUGCUUCUGCCAAGAUGUGCAUCAAUCCGAAUGCUGAGGUUGAGUUGAAGUCACCCAAAGCAAACCUCCACCUGGAGGUGCAGAACAUUGCUAUUGAGAUGACUAAGCCACAGUACUUGUCUAUGGUUGAUCUGCUGGAGUCCAUAGACAGUAUGGUGAAAAACGCUCCCUACAGGAAGUUCAGACCAGAUGUCCCCGUCCACAAGCAUGCCAAGCAGUGGUGGAUGUAUGGCAUCAACAGUGUGUUGGAGGUGCACAUCAGGCACUUCAACCAGAUGUGGAGUUGGACCAAUAUCAAGACACACAGACAGACAUUGAAAGCCUACAAAGCUGUAUACAAAGCCAAACUGACUCAGGGCAAGAUCAGAGAAGACACUGAAAAACAGAUUCUGGAACUGGAGAAAGUUCUAGAUGUGUUCAAUAUCACAUUGGCCAGACAGCAAGCGCAGAUGGAGGUGGUUCGGUCAGGUCAGAAACUUGUUGCCAAGAAGGCAGCAGCUCAAAAACAGGCAGCAGCAGCAGGAGGAGGAGGAGGAGGAGGAGGAGGAGGUUUCUUUAGCAGCUUCUUUGCCAGAAAAGAAGGAAAGAGGAAAGAACAAGAGGAAGAGGACAAAGAGCUGGAAAGUCUAGAUGCGAUCAUGACCACUGACGAGAAAACCAAGUUGUACACCGCUAUCGGCUACAGCAAGAGUUCCCAUAACCUGGCAUUACCUAAAAACUAUGUAGCAGUCAAAGUAAACUUCAAGCUGUUGCGGACAUCAGUGACAGUCCGAGAAGAGGCCAGUGUUCCAGAGAUCCUCAAAGUACAGAUGAUUGACCUCAGCACUACUGUCUCCCAAAGACCUGGAGCCCAGGCUAUAAAAGUGGAGGCCAGUCUGGAGCAUUGGUACGUGACUGGUCUGCAGCAGCAGGGUGUGGUGCCAUCUCUGAUUGCGUCGAGGGGAGACGCACACUCUUCUUUACUCAGUGUCCUGUUCGAGCUUAACCCAGAAGACAGCACUGCAGACCAGCUCCUAAGAGUCCACUCGCAGCCUGUGGAGAUGAUCUACGAUGCUCUGACAAUAAACAGCUUGUCGGAGUUCUUUAAGACAGGGAAGGGAGUGGACCUGGAGGUGAUAACCUCUGCAACGCUCAGCAAACUGGAGGAGAUUAAGGAGAAGACGGCCAGUGGUCUGUCUCACAUUAUUGAGACACGCAAGGUUCUGGACUUGAGAAUUGACCUGAAGCCCUCCUACCUGUUGGUGCCAAAAUCAGGCUUCUACCACAGCAAAUCGGACCUCAUGAUUGUGGACUUUGGUAGCCUACAGCUCAACAGUGUUGACCAGGGCAGUCAUCAGCAGGCAUCUAGCUUCUCAUCGCUGGAAGAGAUCAUGGACAGGGCAUAUGAGAGGUUUUCACUGGAGCUGCGCAGCGUUCAAGUGCUAUACAGCAAAUCGGGCGAAGCAUGGACAAGUGCUCGGAUGCAAGGGUCAUCCAUUCAGCACAUUCUGCAGCCUAUGGACUUCACCUUACAGCUUGCUAAGUGUAUGGUGGAAAAAGAUGCACGCAUGCCCAGGUUUAAGGUUUCUGGGGAGCUGCCGUUGCUGCAUGUAAAGAUUUCCGAUCAGAAGAUUCAUGGGGUUUUAGAGUUGGUGGACAGUAUUCCCCUUCCACACACCACUCCCCCUUCCACUCCUACCCAGAAGGCACUGUCUAUGCCGUUAGCAGAUGCCAGACCAAGGGUGCUGAGUUUAGAUCCAUCAGCGCUGCCGUAUUCCAUGUCAGACUCCGAGGAAGACACCAGUGAAAGGUCCCUGGAUGAGGAAGCUCAGAGAUCAGCCUUUGAAGAGCUAACCAAUGUUCAGUUUAAAUUUGAAGUGAAAAUGGUAUUGUUGGAGCUCACGCGUCAGGCUGCUCAAGAAGACACAGUGUUGGCUCUGAAUGUGUCUCAAUUGGGUGCUGAAGGCAAAAUGCGGACGUAUGACCUCUCUGUGACAUCGUACCUGCGCAAGAUCAGUCUGGACUACUGUGGGUCUAAAGAUGCCCAGAAUCAGCCACUUCAUCUAAUUAGCUCAUCAGACAAACAUGGAUCUGAUCUGCUGAAAGUGGAAUACAUCAAAGCUGAUGUGAGUGGGCCCAGCUUCCAAAGCUUGUUUGACAACACAGAGCAGAUACUGAAGGUAGAGUUUUCCUCGCUGGACUUCCUGCUGCAUACGAAAGCCCUGUUGUCCACCAUUAACUAUCUGAACACAGCAGUGCCUCAGGAGCUCACAGCUUCUAAAGAGAGAGACACUAAGAGACAAGCUGACAAGGCUGCAGCAGGGAAAACAGUGUCUAAGGGCUCGAAGGACUCUGGGGUGGUGAGUUUUAAGCUGUAUGCCAUGCUUGGCUCCUUUGGAGUGGUGGUCUGUGAUGACAGAAGCAAUAUUGCAGACAUUCAAAUCAAAGGCAUCGAUGCAUCUGUGGUCGUCCAGGCCAAAGAGACAGAGGUGUUUGCCCGACUGAGAGACAUCGUAGUGCUAGACGUGGACCCGAAAACAAUACACAAAAAGGCGGUGUCUAUUGUUGGAGAGGAGGUGUUCAGCUUUAAGAUGAGUCUGUAUCCUGCAGCCACAGAGGGAGAGGGCUACUCUGACACUUCAAAAGUGGAUGGCAAGGUCACUUUGAGACUAGGCUGCAUCCAGAUCAUCUACUUGCACAAGUUCCUGAUGUCUCUACUGGAAUCUUUUAGCUAUCAGUAUUCCUCUGCUGAUGAGACAUUUGUGGACAACUUCCAAACAGCCAAAGAGGCCUUAAGUGCAGCUACAGCGCAGGCGGCGGAGAAAGCAGCCUUAAGUGUGAGAGACUUUGCUCAGAAGAGUUUCAGACUCUCAAUGGAUAUUAGACUGAAGGCUCCACUGAUCAUCAUUCCUCAGUCCUCCACAUCCCACAAUGCUUUUGUGAUGGACCUGGGUCUCAUCACUGUGAGCAACAGCUUCUCUCUGCUUCCAGCUGAAGGCUUUCCUCUGCCAGCUGUGAUGGAGACCAUGGACAUCAGACUUACCCAGCUGAAACUGUCAAGGACGGUUCUGAGGCAUGACGGUUCUCCUCAGCCAGAAUUUGAGCUUCUGCAGCCCAUUAACCUGAAGCUGCUUGUUAAGCGUAACCUGGGAGCCUCCUGGUUCACAAAAAUCCCUGGAGUGGAGGUCAAAGGAGUGCUGAAGUCCUUGAAUAUUGGUCUUGGUCAAGAAGACUUUGGAGUUCUGAUGAGAAUCCUAGCGGAGAACAUCGGGGAAGGCAGUAGGACGUUGUCUUCUGAAGUGCAGAAACCAGCUGUUGAAGAGAAAUCUGAAAUGAAUCAAGAACUGAAACCGACGUCUCCUGCGGAAGCAGGAAGUCAGCAAGCAAUCACCAAUGGAAACUUUAGUGAGAACAUUGUCAGUGUUCUCCUGAACUUUGAAAUAAUGGAGGUCAUGAUGACACUGAAGAAGCCGAAAGAUAGGAAUGAGUGCCCCUUUUUGGUCCUGCAUGCAGCUCAGCUUGGAGUUCACACUGAAGUCCAUAAAUAUGACAUGCAGGCCACCACAUACAUCAAGACUAUCUCAACGAAGUGCUUGGAGUUCCCAGACUCAUAUGGUGAACCGCUCUGCAUCCUCAGCUCUUCAGCAGAACAGGGAGCUGAGCUCCUCAAAGUGAAGUAUGUCAAGGCCGACAGGAAUGGGCCUAAUUUUGCUACCAAUUUCAAAAACACUGAACAGAGCAUUGAUGUUAAGUUCUCCUCAUUGGACCUGAUGCUCCACACUGAGGCUCUUCUCUCCACAAUGGACUUCCUGUCUGCUGCCAUGUCUUCUAGCAGCCUUCCCUCACCUGAGAAAGAGAGCAAGAGGAGUGAAGAAACAAAGACAAGCUCAACCAAAUCUACUGUGGUGAGCUCCCCCUCUGAUGGUGACAUCACUGAUCUGAAGAUAGACAUGCAGCUGGGGGCGUUCAGUGUGCUGGUGUGUGACCAGAGAUGCAACAUGGCUGACAUCAAAAUUCAGGGCCUGCAUGGUUCUCUGUUAAUGCAGGGGUCCCAAACACACAUGCUCGCUAGACUUCGGGAUUUUGUCAUCAUUAAUGUAGAUCCCAAAACCGUUCACAAGAAGGCCAUCUCUAUUGUGGGUGAUGAGGUCUUCAGUUUCAGUAUGGGUCUAACCCCCAAUGCCACUGAAGGGGUGGGCUACACUGACACCUCGAAGGUGGAUGGCAAAGUAAAGCUCAAUGUUGGCUGCAUUCAAGUGGUCUAUCUUCACAAGUUUGUCAUGUCACUGCUGAAUUUCAGUAAUAACUUCCAGACAGCCAAGGAGGCUUUAAGUGCAGCCACAGCACAGGCAGCAGUCAAAGCAGCCUCGAGUGUGAGGGACUUUGCACAAAAGAGUUUCAGACUCUCCAUGGACAUCAAGCUGAAGGCUCCACUCAUCAUCAUCCCUCAGUCCUCCACAUCUUACAAUGCCAUGGAGGCUGACUUGGGUCUCAUCACUGUGAGCAACAACUUCUCUCUGCUUUCAGUGGAGGACUGUCUACUCCCUGUUGUCAUAGAUAACAUGGAUGUAGAGCUAACCCAGCUUAAGCUGUCCAGAAUUUUUAUGGAGAAAGAUUCAAAUCAACCAAGCUCUGAGCUUCUGCAGCCAGUCAACCUGGUGCUCUCAGUUAAACGGAACCUGGCUGCUACCUGGUACCAGAAGAUGGCUGCUGUGGAGGUUGAUGGAGACCUUAAGCCCAUGAACUUUGCUCUGAGUCAGGAUGAUCUCACUGUGUUGUUGAACAUCCUGAUGGAGAACAUUGGCGAGGCCAGCAGCAUCCAGCCACACGGCAGCCCAGACACAGCGGUCAAACAGGCAGAUAUUCUUGCCAGAGCUCGCACACACACAGGCUCUGAGAUUAUUAUAGAGAAGCAGCCAGAGAGUCCCAAGUCCCAAGAUGCCAAGCUGGUGGAAAGUGUGAAGUUCAGUUUCAAUGUUGAGUCUCUGGGUCUGGUUCUUUACAACAAUGAUCCCACACAGCCUGGUGUGCAUCAGGAGACACUGUGUCUGGGGGAAUUCAAGUUGUGUAAGAUGAAGGCUUCUGGUAAGAUGUUCAGUAAUGGCGAUCUGGAAGUGUCCACCAUCCUCACAGCCUGCACUCUGGAUGACCGGAGGAUUGGCUUAGAGCAAGUCACAUCCAGGAUGCUAGGGAGGCGUGACCAAGAGAGUUCGGAUGCCAUGAUUGAUGUGACGUACUCACAGAGUGGAGACGAGCGCUCAGUGGUGGCUGUGCUCCAGAAGCUCUAUCUGUGUGCCAGCGUGGAGUUCCUCAUGGCUGUGGCUGAAUUCUUCCUCCAGGCCAUGCCUCAGGCUCCAGCCGCUGCAUCAGACAAACACAGUCAGCUUUCAUUCAAACAGAUCCCAGAGCUAAAGAACCAAGUGGAAACCCGAUCAGUCCCUGCUCAGAGGAUCAAGCUUCGUGCCGUGAUCGUGGACCCCGAGGUUGUGUUUGUGGCGAACUUGAUGAAGGCAGAGGCGCCUGCUCUAGUGGCCUCUUUCCAGUGUGACUUCAGCUUGCUUUCCGAAGAGGCAGCUCAAGAAAUGAAGGCCCAUGUGAGGGGCCUCAAGGUUCUCGCCUGCCCCUUCAUCAGAAACAAGGACAACAAGGCUGUUACCACUGUGCUGAGACCAUGUUCUGUUGUCCUGGAAACGAAGAUGUCAGCCAGUGCCCCUCUUACUGGCUCUGUGACUGUAGAGGAAGUUAUUGUAAAAAUUUCUCCUUUCAUCCUCAACACGUUUCUGACCAUCACAGCAGCCAUGGCUCCUAAACCCAAAGAGGAGCCGUCCAGUCAGAAGCCUGAUGAGCUCAGCACCCUCUGGGCAGUAAAGAACAUCUACUCCUGCAACUACUGGUUUCUGGGUGUUGAGACUGCAGCAGAGGUGACUGAAAGCUUCCGCGAAGUAGACAGCAGUAAAGAGGGCGAGAAUUUCAAAGCAGAGGUCAAGGUGGUGCAGGUCACUUUGGAGUCCGGCCAAGGCCAUAGGACUAUUCCCCUACUGCUGGUUGAGUCAUCCUUCAGUGGCUGCGCACAGAACUGGUCAUCCCUGCUCAGUGUGUCGGCAGAUAUGACGCUGGAGGUAAACUAUUUUAAUGAGACUCAUGCUGUGUGGGAGCCGCUUAUAGAGAGAGUGGACAGUGGCAAACGCCGGUGGAACCUCACAGUACAGAUGAAGAAUAACCCUGUCCGGGAUAAGAGCCCUGUUCCUGGCGAUGACUUCGUAAUGCUGCCUGACCCCUGCAGAGCCAUCAACAUCUGCUCCAAAGACACCAUGAACAUCACAGUAUCAAAGUGCUGCCUGAAUGUCUUCCACAACCUCGCACAGGCUUUCUCAGAGAGCACUGCCUCUACUUUUGAUCCCUCUCUGAAGGAGAAAGCUCCGUUCACUAUCCGGAAUGCUCUGGGCAUCCCGCUAAUCGUCCAGCACAGCGCUAACCUCCGUAUUGCUGACUCAGUCUCCAGAGGCAAAGUGCAUGAAGUGGGAGUGGAACAAAGCAGGGAUUUGGAAUAUUCUAUCUUUGAGUCUUCAGCACGGGGAAAACUGUCUGCCUUGCAGAGACAAGAGAGCUGCCUUUUCAACCUUAGCAUAGUGCCCAAAGGCUACAGUGAAAUAUCGAACAUCCCGGUGGACAAGCCAGGUCGCAGGCUUUAUAACGUGCGAAAUCCCAUGCUAGAGGACGCUGUCUCUGUACUGCUGCAGAUCAGUGCCUCAGAGGGCAACAAAGUCAUCACUGUGCGAUCCCCAUUACAGAUUAAAAAUCAUUUCUCCGUGCCUUUUGCCAUUCUGAAGUACUCCUCUGAACUGGGAGGGUUGGUGAAUAUUGGUGUCGCUGAGCCAGAAAAAGAGUUUCAUGUCACACUGGACUCAUACAGAUGUCAGGUGUUCUUGCUGCCUGUCGGACCAUUAGAGGGUCACUAUCAGGAGUCGACCACGUGCAUUGCAUGGAAGGAGCAGGUUCAUGUGAGUUCGGAGGUGCGUUCCGUGCUUCGAUGCCCAGCCCAAGAGAACAGCUUCUUGCCACUGGUGGUCAGUACACUGGCUGUGCCAGAUGACCUGUGCCACAUUGCCAGCCAGGGUGAGGAGGACUGGGACCCCGCCUAUGUUAUCCACCUGCACCCAGCUGUUAUUGUCCGAAACCUGCUGCCCUACUCCAUACGCUACCUGCUGGAGGGUUCAGCCGAGUUCCAUGAGCUGCAAGAGGGCAGCACGGCAGACGUUUUGAAUGCAUCCAUCUGUGGAGAGAUCAUGGAGCUAGUGCUGGUGAAGUACCAGGGUCGCAACUGGAACAGCCACGUGAAGAUCAGUCCAGAUAUGCCCGAAUUCUUCCCCGUCUGUUUCACUAGUGACACCUCUGAGAAGCUCACUGUGGAUGUGUGUGUGCAUGUGUCUCGUGUGGCUGGCAGGCUGAUCCUCUCUGUUUUCAGCCCCUACUGGAUCAUAAACAAGACGUCUCGCGUGCUGCAGUACCGGGCAGAAGAAACCUACGUCAAGCACCCGUCAGACUUCCGAGAUGUGAUCUUAUUCUCCUUCAAGAAGAAGAACAUCUUUAGCAAGAACAAGCUGCAGCUUUGUGUGUCCACAAGCUCCUGGUCAGACGGAUUCUCCUUGGACACUGUGGGCAGUUAUGGGUGUGUCCGCUGCCCGGACAAAACCAUGGACUACCUGGUUGGGGUCAGUAUCCAUAUGAGCAGUUUCAACUUGACCCGUAUCGUGACUAUGAGCCCGUUCUACACUCUGGUGAAUAAAUCUUCCUUUGAGCUAGAGGUGGGAGAGAUGCAAAACGGCAUCGGCAAUGGCAACGUCAGCGGCAAAUGGCACUAUAUCUCGUCCACAGAGUGUUUGCCUCUGUGGCCAGAGUCUAGCACAGGAAGGUUGUGUGUGAGAGUAGUGGGCUCUGAAUCUGCUUCCAAAUCGUUCUUUUUCAACAAGCAAGAUAAUGGAACUCUGCUUAGCAUGGAGCAAUAUGGGGGCAUCAUAGUGGAUGUAAACAUUUCGGACCACUCCACUGUCAUCAGCUUCACUGAUUACUAUGAUGGAGCAGCUCCUGCUCUGCUGGUGAAUCACACACCCUGGGUUACUGUCACGGUCAGACAGAGUGGCUGUGAGGUAUCUCAAGAAUUGAAGCCUGGAGAGGCCCAGCGAUUUGCAUGGGAUGACCCAGCAGGGGUGCGGAAACUGUGCUGGACAUGUCAUGGUCACAGCGGGGAACUGGAUUUGAUUAAGGACGAGUGUGGUCAGUUUGCAUAUGAUGGCCUGGCUCAAGUCCACUGGGUGUCAUUCCUGGAUGGCCGGCAGCGUGUGCUACUCUUCACUGAAGACGUCGCCGUGGUGAGCAAGGCUCGGCAGGCUGAGGAGCUGGAGCAGUUCCAGCAGGAGGUCAACAUCUCGCUGCAGAACCUGGGCCUGUCCCUUAUCAACAAUGACAGUAGACAUGAGAUAGCAUACGUGGGCAUCACUAGUUCUGGUGUGGUAUGGGAGAUGAAGCCAAAGAACCGUUGGAAGUCAUUUAACCGUAAGAAUAUCAGUCUUUUGGAGAAGGCUUACCAGAACCACAUCAGUGGCAAGACUGAGACAGGCUGGGUCAAACUGGAAACAGGCCUGGAGGUGAACUUUGCAAAGCUGCCCAUGCUGAUGAGACACCCCUACUCUUGCACCAUUCGGCGGAACUUCCUGUCUGGGAUACACGUUGAGCUGAAGCAGUCACCGCAUCAGAGGAGCCUACGAGCACAGCUCCACUGGCUGCAGGUGGAUAACCAGCUCACAGGAGCCAUCUUCCCCAUCGUCUUUCACCCUGUUCCUCCUCCCAAAUCAAUUGCUCUGGACACCGAGCCAAAACCCUUUAUUGAUGUGAGCAUCAUUACAAGAUUCAAUGAACACAGCCAAGUCAUGCAGUUUAAAUACUUCAUGGUGCUGGUGCAGGAGAUGGCAGUGAAGAUUGAUCAGGGGUUCUUGGGGGCAAUCCUUGCCCUAUUUACUCCCCCCACAGACUCCCAGGCUGACAAACAGAAGACUAAACUGAUAGAAAGAGAUUUGGAGGUGCUACAGGCUCAGCUGAUGGAGAGCUCCAUUACAGACACUUCAGGCCUCAGCUUCUUCGAGCACUUCCACAUCUCCCCCAUUAAAUUGCAUUUGAGUUUGUCUCUUGGCUCCAGUGGGGAUGAGUCUGAGGAGGGUGACAUGGUUGCCAUCCAGUCACUCAAUCUGCUUCUUAAAAGCAUUGGAGCAACACUUACCGAUGUAGAUGAUCUUAUCUUUAAACUUGCCUUCUUUGAAGUAAAGUACCAGUUCUACCGCAGAGAGAAGCUGAUGUGGGCUGUGAUUAGGCAUUACACGGAACAGUUCUUGAAGCAGAUGUAUGUACUGGUGCUGGGCCUGGAUGUGUUGGGGAAUCCCUUUGGACUGAUCAGAGGCCUUUCAGAAGGGGUUGAGGCCUUCUUCUAUGAGCCCUUCCAGGGGGCUGUUCAAGGGCCAGAAGAGUUUGCAGAAGGCUUUGUCAUCGGUGUGCGUAGUUUGCUGGGCCAUACAGUAGGGGGCGCUGCAGGAAUGGUUUCACGUAUAACAGGUUCAGUAGGAAAGGGCCUGGCAGCUAUCACCAUGGACAAAGAGUACCAGCAGAAACGCAGAGAGGAGAUGAAUAGACCACCCAAGGACUUUGGAGAGAGUCUUGCCAAAGGGGGCAAAGGCCUUCUGAAGGGUGUGGUUGGAGGAGUGACGGGUAUUGUUACCAAACCUGUGGAGGGUGCGAAGAAGGAGGGGGCUGCAGGCUUUUUUAAGGGCAUUGGGAAGGGCCUGGUAGGAGUGGUAGCUAGACCUACAGGGGGCAUUGUGGACAUGGCCAGCAGCACCUUUCAGGGCAUUCAGAGAGGUAACGUAAGAGUGGCGGAGUCAACAGAGGAGGUAACGAAGUUGCGACCUGUCCGGCUCAUCCGAGAAGACGGCAUUAUCCGCCCCUACGUCCAGCAAGAGUCGCACGGCUACGAUCUUUUCCAGAGGUCAGAGAUUAAACAACUUGACGGAGAGAUCUUCAGAGAGCACUUUGAGUAUCCUGGGCACAAAAAAACCAACAUCAUUGUCACCAACAGGAGGGUGAUGUGUGUUAAAGAGAUUGACUUGAUAGGGCAUUUCAACAAAGAAUGGGAGUGCCAGUUUGAACAUUUUCUGCAGCCUCCUUCUACAGACGGCGGAGAUCUGAAGAUUUAUUACAAGGAGCAGAAUAAACUGAAGAUCUUGAAGGACGCUCAGGGUCCGGUGAGGGUCGUUCACCUUAAACAGUCGGAUGCAGCAGAGAAACUGCGUGAUGCCAUCGUGGAGGCCCAGCACGCACGCCAGCAGCAUCAGAUGGUCAGACAGAAAUCCCAGCGCUUCAUCAAAAUGCAGCAAACUGGCAGCCCAGCUUGAGCUGACCCACUGACCACAGCCUUGUGCUGUCCUUCACUACUAAAGCACAAACAAGCACAGUGCUGCAUGUAAACACAGUUUACUGUGCUGCUUUUACAUUUAUAUUCCACAUAUUGUCUAGAUAUACACACCGUGAGCUCGAUUUGCCUAGCAGCUUUUUUUUGGCUUUGGUUCUUGACUAUCGCUCUUCAAUCUGAAAUGACGCAGUGAACACUGUGCAGCUUUAGUUUCAAGCACUUUUGCACUUGUGGCAUCUUAAGAGCCACGUAAAUCCCUAUUGUAGCUAUAUGCAGUUUUUAAUGAGUCAUGCCUGCACUGCAGUCAUCAAUUCAUUUCUGUUCUGAUGAGGGCUGUUAGCUUCCUCCAGUCACAAAUGUUUCUCAUUUUUUGGCCAUGACACUCUCGAUGAGCAUUUUAUUGUGUGUCAUGUCAUUGUCAUGUGAUGUAACACAAUAACACAAAAUUUAUCGUGUUGCUUCUGAAGAUAACGUAGUUCCAGGCACAGCCUUUCGGUCCGAAGCCAUUCCCUCGGAUUCUCUCUCCUUUGAAUGUAUUCUGAGGUUCCUUUAUAGUUAUAUAUGCAUUUUGUAGUGCACUCUGGGUUUCUACAGGAUCGGAUGGUGGAAUUUGAGAGUUCAAACACGAUGGAGAGUAUUUUACUUGGUAUUAGAUACUUCCUUCACAGCUGGGAGGAUCCUUGACUCACAUGCUCCACAAGUCCUGCUUGGUUCUGUUUGCUGAGUUCACUGGGGCUUUCUUUGUUCUUAAAUUACCCCACUGUUAACUUGUGUUAUUUCUUUGGAUAUUUCUCUGAUUGAUGUAUUAUGAUUACCAAAACAUGUAUCUCUUAACUAGUAACUGUAAAUUUGGUAAUUAGCAUAAUGAUGUGGUUGAUCACAUAUCAAAACAUGAAACCAUCCAUCUAGACAUUAUUGCUUUACAUGGCUUUAUUGUGAAGACGGAAUCGUGAAUUGUACCACUUUCAGUGAUGAAAGUACUGUUCUUGAAGGAAAAAAGUAAGUUUGCUUUAUUUUUCUAUUGAAGUAAUGCACUUUAUUUUUUUUCUUAUGAAGAACAAAGAUCAUUAAGUUUAAUAAGUAAUAAUAAGUAAUACUUUUUUUGUGGAAUUCCAUUCUAAAAAUUAUGUUUACUGAAUUUAGGUGAAGGCUUUACGAUGCAAACGAGAAUCUAGAACCACCAAAGAAAAAUCCCAUCCAGAAAUACAAUAAACUUCUUUCAUGCUCAGACAUAAAUCUCAGUCUCUGCACUGCGCUAGUUAUAGAAGUUGUCAGAGUCCUUUUACAGUCAUGUGUCAGAGACCAUUUCUUCCACAAUCUCCACAUCUUCAAAGCUCAGUCUUAGUACUUGGUUCCUUUUGCUAGUGGAAAGUGAAUGUACUGAAAAAUGAAGAACUUUUAAUAAAUGAAGGCUGGUCUCUGACUUUUGCACAA